UUAUUGAAUAUGAACUAGAUUACACAGAGGCCUAGAAAGUAGAUUAGUCUAGAUUCUAAAUAAAUACUAAGACUAUGACUAAGAUAUUAUAUAGAUCUAGAAUGAUAAUCUAGACUAAAUCAGAACUAGAUCUAGAUCUAUUAGUAUUGUCAUCUAUCUAGAUCUAGACUUACUAGUCUUGAGACUGAGACUCUCUUAGUAAGACUUAGAUCUAGUCCCUCUUAGACUCUAGUACUGUAGUAGUGACUCUAGUGACUAGGUUAGAAUUUAGAUUUUAGAAUUAGAUCUAAUCUUAACCAUAAUGACAUGUUCCCUGAAGUUGAAGGAAGGUCUUUGUGAGCCCUGAGGACCUUGUCAGCCCUGAGGACCUUGUGAUAUUAACCUAUAGCCCUAUGACUAAUGACCAGUUAUAGAAUAUUAUGGCUCCUUCUGUCUCAGAAGACAAUGGAUGUGCCCAGAUGAGUCACUGACUUUGGUUAUGUCUUGAGAUGGGGCAGAAUCUGGAGUGACUGAUCAAGCCAAUUCUGGAGCUGCAGAGUUUGCCACAGUUCGUGCAUGUAUAUGCAUCUGUAAUAGGGCUAGCUGACAGGGCAGCUUUCUUUUUCUUUCUCUUGGCUGACGCAUCUUUGUUUCUUUUGCACUUGGUGAAGUUUGUACCAGCGCAUACAGCCUGUCUCCAUGCUGUCCAGUUUUGGGCUAUCUCCUCCCACAUACUUUGUCGAUGCCCGUGGCUCUCAUGUCUCACUUGCAGACAUCUCUGUAGGUUAGUCUUGGGCAACCUUUAGGCCUGACUCCCUUUGCAAGUUCAGCAUUUAGGAUGUCUUUAGGGAUUCUUCCAUCUGGCAUGCGAGUGACAUGACUGAGCCAGCGUAGUCUUCUCUGUUGAAGGAGAGCAUAGAUGCUGUGCAUGUUGGCCCGUGAUAAAACUUCAUGGUUGGUGACAUGAUCCCUCCAGGAGAUGCACAUUAAGCCUCGCAUGCAGCUUAGGUGGAAGCUUUUUAAUCUGUGUUCUUGAUGCAUGUAAGUUGCCCAGCUCUCACUGCCAUAAAGAAGUGUGCUCAGAACACAGGCAUUGUAGACUAGGAUUUUGGUUGCCAUAGUCAAUUUGGUAUUUUCCCACAUGCACUUGGGGAGUUUCGCCAUUUGCCUUUCCUAUUCUUUUUGUCAGCUCAGUGUCUAAAUCUAGGUUGCUGGUUAUUGUUGUUCCCAAAUAUGUGAAUUCCUGCACCACCAUAAGUGUGUGAAUUCCUAAAUGUAUCACUGGUAUUUCUGCAACAUAGAUCUAAAUCCAAUCCACUAGAUCAGUAAUACCCAAACUAAAGCCUUAAGACAGCAGGUCAUUUUUUGGUAGUAUAUAUAUAUUGAUUCUUGAUCUUUUAUUAGAAGUAAUUUCUAUUAACUUUUAAGAUUUAUUAGUUCUAGAUAGAGUGUAGACUAAAGAUCUAUAUCUAUAGUAGAUAAAUUAUCUAGUUAGGGAAAAUAAUUUAUUAUCAAUCAUUUAUUUAUGUUUUCAAACAACAAAAGAGAUGUUAUCAAAAUUCAUGGGGGUGUGCAGGUUAUACACAUGGACAAUACAAGAAUAUAUACCAUAUUCUAUGGAAUGUAUUUCUUUUCACAUUUAAUUCUGCUUGACAUUUGCAGCUGGGGCUAAAAAAAAAUCUUAAAUUGAUUAAGGCUGUUAAUUUUAAGACAAAAUUGUCCAAUAUUGUUUUGUUGACAACACUUUUCAAUAUUGUCCUUGAAGAGCAUACUAUUUUAUAAAUACUGAACUACAAUAAACUUGACAAACAAAUAAAUACGUUUCUCUUGAAAAAGUACCUCACAUCCUAUUGGUAAUUGCAAAUUUUACUGAUUAUAUUGCUAAUGAAUAAAUACUAGUUGGCAAAGAAACCUAUACACUAUAUGUAAAUAAUAAAUGAUAGCAGGCUGUAAAACAAAUUAGGAUCUGGCUACAAGAGGGCUGACAGAUGAUUGUUUUGUUUUACAAGUUUCCAUUGAAGGAAGUAAAAUUUAUCCAAGAACCUGGCCUACUAUAGAGAAGUUAUUGUGAACAGAAAGAGUUUGCAUUUGACUUUUUACCAUGUCUUGUAAUUUGUAUUACUGGAACUGGAGCUCUAUCUAUUGAAUGUUUUUGAAAACCCCUCUUAUAGCAAUAGUCUGCUGAGAACUUGAUGAGUUAGAGAAAAAGAUGCUUAUUUCACACAUUGAAGUUAAUAUUUUGAUUGCUUUUUCCAACAGAAUGUCAUGGAAUAAAAUAAUAAUUUACAUAUAGGCUUAAUCUAUGAAGUCAACCUGACUGAAUUUUUUAUAAUGGGAGAUACAUAAAGGCACAACGUUAACAUCCAACCAAAUACUGUUAUGGUUGCAUCAUCUGAGCGGUCUAAAAUCAUAUUGUUUGGCAUAUAUACGUAUCAGCAUAUUAAAAUGACUACUUUGAAGAAUGGUAGAAAAUCUUCAGGCACAAUAUUUGGAAGAAUUAUCAAGAGAGUGCACAGACCAGAGGAUAGCUUCCUUUAUUCAUAAUUCUCCAAAGAAAAAAAAACGAACAUUUACUAUAAAUACAGAUUAUGCAUCUCCAAAUCUAGGAGACAGAGAUAUAAAUCUUGAUUUAGUCAAAGUUGAAAAUGUUAGUUUCAGUUCAUUGGGUGACAGUGACAGCUCUCAUGAAAAUGUUUUUGUUUCUGAACAUUUACUUUCUGUAUCCUCACCAUCAUCAUCCCCUGUCUAUGUGAAUACAGUGCUUGAGGCAGACACAUCAACAUUCACUCCAGAAUCUCCUAUUAACAUCCAUGAUUCUAAGACUGUUGAUUCUCAGAACUCAUUACCAAGUGUGUUACCACAAACAUGCACAUUAGUCAGUGACAAAGAAAAUGUUAUUGGGCUUCCCAUAAGCCUUGAGUUGCAUUUUGAAGAGGAAUUACCUGAUGUUGUGCCACAGCUGACAAUAGCUUUACACAACCUCUCGGUUGUCCAUGAUUCCUCUGAUCACCAUUCCGAUAACUCUAGGGAUGAUUUACUGAGUCCAGUUAUUCCAAUUGACUGUCCAUUGUCUUCAAAUAGGCCUAUAGUCAACAAUAUUUCUACAGAAAAUUUUUUGCCAAAUACAGAAAUUGAAAAAGAACAAAUUGUUGGAAAUUCAAAACCAGCAUCUGAAGAAGUUAUUUUUGGAGAUAAAUUGUCUCUGAUUAUAGACACAUUAAAUGAUACAUUUACCAUAACAGAAGGUAACUCUGUAAUGAAAAAAAGGUCAAAGCUGCCAAGUAAAAAAGGCUCUAAACUCCUCAUAAAUAGUGUCCAAUCAAAGUCACAAAUAGAAGGCUACACAGCAGCAUCUGAAAUUUCUGAAAAAGGGGACAGCAGUGGCAUAAAAAACAAACGUAUUACCUUCAGUAUUUCCGAAGUCAAUAAAUCUAAUGUACCUAACAAAAGCUCAUUGGACUUGUCAGAAAACAAAAACCUGCAGCAUCAUUCCAAGGAGUCAAAACUAAUGCUAAAAUCUCAGGGUGGAAUGGAAGAUGUAUUACCUUCUGCAUCUGUGAACAUGCCUAUGACAACAAAAAGCUUGCAAAAGAAAGGUAACAGCCUAAUGCAGGCAGAGAAAAACAAAUCAAGUCUUGAUGGCACUCAGAACUUUAGAAGAACUCUGAGACCCAGAGCUGAUAAAAGUGGUUCUCAACUCAGCAUGGAUAAAAGCUCAUCAUCUAACAUCAGAGAGGAAAACAAUGAAGAAGAAUCUAAUCAGAUUGCGAUUCCAAGAAAUAGAAGAAAGAGAAAAGUAGAGGAGCAUGGUUUAAUGCAAGAAAAGCUAUCACCCAAAAAGAAUGUUGAAAAGAAAAACGCAGUUUCCAAAAAAAAUAAUAAAAAAGUAGUUGCAGCUAAAGAGAUGGAUAUUGGUAAGCCACCCUCAGACACACUGGCAGAGUUGGACAGUAAAGCAGAACAUAAACCUGUUGUUUCAAAUGCUGAAAAGAAAGAGGAUAUGUCUACUGUUUCCAAAAUGGAUGAUAAGCCUGAUGAAUUAGCUGAGUUAGGUGCUUUAGAUAAGAACCAAAAUAGGGCUGUUGAUAAUCAGAAAGAAGGGAAUACAAGCUCUAGUUCAUCCACUUUAAAACAAAAACCUAAACAACCUACUCGAGGUAGAGUUUCAAAGACAAAAAUUCAAGACAAAAAAGAUUCAGAGCAACAGGCUCUAACUGGAUCUGAUAUAAAACCAGGAAAAUCAAAAGAACUUGUCAGAACAAAGCCAGGGGCCAAGAAAAAAAAAGAUUCAGAAGAAAACAAAAUAAGUAAUUCUAUCUCCUUGGCUCAAGAGGAGAUCUUAUCAAAGGGGAAAACAUUGCACCAAAGUUCAGAUAAACAAUCAAAACCAACUACUAAUGAAAAGCCUUCAAGAAAGCCAAAAGAAGAUAAAAAGCAACUAGACAGUACUAGUGAGACUCAGCCAAAACCAUCAAGGCAGAAAAGGCAAGCUGCUAAAACUUCAGAAGACCAAAUUCUAACCGAUUUUCAGUCAUCAGUAUUAGGAAAAGAGGAACUUAAAUUACCAGUAGGAGGAAGAUCAACAAAAAAAAAGCAAGAUUUAAAAGGCUCACACCAACAGGAUAAAGAACAAAUACCACUUGAUAAUGUUAAGAUAGAAAAAACACUUAAGCAGAAUAUAAAAGAUUCUGGUAAAGAUGGUUGUCAGGAGAAAGAUGAAUCAAAAGUAAUCACAAGGCCACAGAGAAAACUUAAACAAGAUAAAAUAGAUUCUGAUGUAACUCUUGCAAGUGGCAGUGGAUCUUUACUACAAGGUAAAGAAGAACCCAAAGCAAAUGUUAAAGGAGCACGAAAGAUAAAGCCAAAAAAUAAAGAUUCAGAAAAAGAAAGUGAUACUGGUAGCCUGUCAACAGUAACAGAGAAACUAGAUGCAAAAGUACCUGCUGUUGUGAAGCCAAAACCAAAGAAAAAGCAAGGUUCUAAAGAGUCUGAACAACGGGUUGCAAUCAGUACUCAGUCUCCUAUAGAGAAAGACUAUAAGAAGCUGGAUAAAACUAAAACAGAUAAAAAGAGCAAAUCAAAGAAAACUCCAAGUCCUGUGCCUGCACUAGAUACAGCCCACAUAUUGAAAGAUGAAAUAGUCAAGUCAAGUCAAAAGUAUGUUGGAGUUCACUGCUCAAUAUCAGGUGGUUUAUGGAAAGCUGUAAAAGAAGCUGUAUCAUAUGGAGCAAGAUCUUUUGGCCUAUUCCUAAGAAAUGGAAGAAACUGGACACUUAAUUCUGUUGAUGAGAAAGAAGUUGAAAAAUUCAAAAAAGCUUGUAUUGACAAUAACUACAUUGCCGAUCAAAUUCUUCCUCAUGGCUCUUAUUUAUUGAACUGUGGCUCGUCGAACACAGAAACACUGAAGAAAUCUAGACAAACUUUGAUCCAUGAACUUAAGAUUUGUGAGAAGCUUGGCCUAACACUCUACACUUUUCAUCCUGGAUCGGCUUGCCAUGGCAACAGUGUCAGUGAGUGUAUAGAGACCAUUGCAGAGAGUAUCAACUUGGCACAUGAUCAAACAGAAUAUGUCAAAACAGUGAUUGAGAACAUGUCUGGUCAAGGGAAGACUGUUGGGGGAAAAUUGGAGGAAUUGAAAGCGAUCAUCGAUAAAGUAAUAGAUAAAUCUAGAAUAGGAAUCUGCCUGGAUACAUGCCAUGCCUAUGCAGCAGGUUAUGAAAUUGCCACAAAAAGUGGCUUUGAGCAGUUUAUUAAAGAGUUUGAUGAAAUUAUUGGUCUAUCAUAUUUAUGUGCUGUUCACUUAAAUGAUGCAAAAGAAGGACUUGGCAGUAAUUCAGAUAGGCAUGAAAAUAUUGGCAAAGGAAAGAUAGGCCUUGAAGGUUUCUAUCAUAUCAUGAAUGAUCAUCGUUUCAAUAACAUACCCAUAAUCUUGGAAACUCCAGUAAACAACUAUGCAGAAGAAAUAAAAACUUUAUAUGAUCUUGAAACAUUUUAAAAUUUACAUAAGGAUUUCUUCCUCAGUUUCAUUAGAAUUUUGUUUCUCAAGUUGUGUCUCACAGGUUUUAAGUGUUCAAUAUUUUAGUUAGUAAUUCUUUUGUUUGUAUAUUUUUUUAUUAUGCUUUAAUGACAGUAAUCCAAGAAACAAAACUUUUCAUUAUAAAACAAAUAAUUCUGGCUAAUCAUUAUAGUGGAUGUUAGAUCAUUAGAUCUUUGUAGUUUGUAUGUUGAGAUUUUCAGAUCUGAACGUUAUCACAGAUGGGUGUAGUUGAUUGUGAGUAUUUAUUGUCUCACUCCAUUUUGUGUUGGGUUGCAUCAUAAUGAGUUUGGAAAUACAACAGGCUGAAUGAAUGAUACAAAACUUCAAUGUGCUAUUAACUAUAUAAAAGAUUAAACCUUAGUACUUGAAACAUUGUUUACAAGAAUAUAGAGUGUAAUAAACUGACUCCCUUUUGCUGAUAUUAUAUUAUUUAGUUUUUGUUUUUACCCUUCCUACCAUGUCUAGAAAUGAGUCAGAAUUAUUGACCUAAGUUAUGUGUAACCAAUCAGAGACAUUUGACCUGAUUACACCCGGGCUGUUCUCAUUUUCUAGAAAAAAACAACAAAUUUCAUGAGAAUGUUUUUUUUUAAUAGCUACACUUCAGAGGAUGAUUCAUAGAUUUUGUUUAACAUUGUGGACUGAUUUUAGUUGUAUGCAAUAAGAGUUUUAUUGAUCAUUAUUAUAUAUUUUUUGACAAAGAUCUUUCCACCUAGAUUUGAUAACAUUAUUUCUAGUCUGUUAAAGGAAGGGCAUUAUUACUUCCUAUAUUUGUUUAUUUCAAAAAAUAUUAUUCCUAUCACUAGAGUGAUCUAAUCAGUCUUUCAUUUUUUCUUGCAGCUUUUGAUCCGAAACAUUAUUUGAUGUAAGGAUAUAAUAAAAUUAUAAAUUUUUUGACAA